AAUUCAGUGUUUACCCAGCGCUAAACAGCGUUUCCUUUUAUCUGCAUCAGUUCAAAUCAGUGAAAUGUCAGAGUCUGUACAUAUCAAGCGGCCAAUGAAUGCCUUCAUGGUUUGGUCUAGGAUUAGAAGGAAGAGGAUAUCAGUGGAUUAUCCUAGGCUUCAUAACUCCGAAAUAUCAAAAAUAUUGGGGGCUGAGUGGAAAGUAUUAAGUGACUUGGAGAAGAGGCCGUUCAUUGAUGAGGCUAAGAGGUUGAGGAACCAACAUAUGGUGGAUCAUCCUGAGUAUAAGUAUAGACCAAGAAGAAAACCUAAGUUUGAGAAAGAAGGUCCUAAAUCGAGUAAUGUGAGAUAUCCAGAUCCAAUACAGACAGCUAUGAAUAGAGCUUUCUUUACUUCAGGACAUAAUGAAAAUUAUGUAGAUCAUAAACCACAAGUUAUACCAACAUAUCCGAUAUCAAUAACACUACCACCACAAGAACAAUUAUCACCAAACAGCAAUUUUCAAUAUCAGGAUUAUGGUGUCCUAAGACAAAACCAGGAUACAUUUGUUAAGCAGGAAGUGAUGAAAAUAACAGAAUAUAACCCUCUACCUCCAUAUACGGCUUUACAGGGUAGUUUACAUCACAGGGCAUUGUUAAGGGCUGCCUCAGUAUAUGCUUAUCAUGAUUUCGCCACCAAUGGGCAUAUACCAAUAUACUUUACAUGA